CUGGCUUCUUGUUAGGUGCAGCUGCAGCCUCCGGUUACACCCUCUCCACCCUCUCAACGUCCCCGCUUGCAGGAUGGAGCAGACAGCUGGAGGAUUCUGAUCAUACUCCUUCUGUGCGCUCACUUCUCCAGUUUGGUCUUUAAACUCUGAAGAACGUCCACCUCGCGAAGAGAACAGGGAAACGUUUUCAACAUGUCUAUCCGGAGGUUCUGGAGCAGCCCGAAAACACUGGGAGAUGUUACCGUUGUGACAGAAGAGCUGAAGAAUCUUUACUACAAGAGGCUGCUGCCUAUUGAGAAGCACUACUCCUUUCAUCACUUUCAUUCACCAAGUUAUGAGGAUGCAGACUUUGACAACAAGCCAAUGGUUCUGGUAAUGGGUCAGUACUCGACAGGAAAGACGACUUUUAUCAGGUAUUUGUUAGAGGAAGAAUUCCCUGGCAGCAGAGUUGGGCCAGAGCCAACCACUGACUGCUUCACUGCACUCAUGUACGGAGAAGAGGAGCGAGUCACCCCUGGGAACGCCAUCACAGUGGAUCCCAAGAAACCCUUUCGCAACCUUGACCCUUUCGGAAAUUCUUUUCUAAACAGAUUUCAGUGUGUGCAGAUGCCAAAUCCAGUCCUUGAGAGUAUCAGCAUAAUCGACACGCCUGGGAUCUUGACUGCCGCUAAACGAAAACUUAGCCGAGGCUAUGACUUUCAAGCAGUACUGCGCUGGUUUGCAGAGCGUGUGGAUCGAAUCAUCCUGCUAUUCGAUGCACACAAACUGGAGUUCUCCGAUGAGCUCACCAGGGCCUUUGGAGCUUUGUAUGGCUACGAGGACAAGCUGCGUGUGGUUCUCAACAAAGCUGACAGGGUGGACUCGCAACAGCUCAUGAGAGUGUAUGGCGCCCUCAUGUGGUCGCUGGGGAAAGUGUUCCGAACCCCUGAAAUCUUACGUGUUUAUAUUGGGUCGUUCUGGUCAGAGCCGAGGCAGAGGUGCGACCACUACAAGCUAAUAGAGCUGGAGGAAGAGGAUCUACUAACGGAUAUAAGGAACCUGCCACGCAACGCCACAGUGAGAAAGCUGAACGACCUGGUGAAGAGAGCACGUUUAGUCAGGGCUCAUGCACACAUUAUCAGCCAUCUAAAGCAGGAGAUGCCAACAAUUUUUUGCAGAGAAAGCAAGAAGCACAACCUGAUCUAUGAGCUUCCUGUUAUUUUCACCAAGAUUCAGCAACAGCAUCGAGUCCCAGCUGGUGACUUUCCUGACUGCACCAAGAUGCAGGAGAAACUUUUGGGUCAAGAUUUUUCAAAGUUCAAGACUCUGAAGCCAAGCCUGAUGAACUCCUUGAACAAACUGCUAACGACUGACAUAGCCAGUCUGGUUCCUUUAUUCCAGCAGCAAGAGCAGAGGAAGAAAUCGCUACCUGCCGUGUUGGAUGGUGAAUUUUUGGGAACAUUCCGGCGUGAUCAGUUCAAGGGAGAUCCGUUUAAGGAAAUGCUCAAAGAUGAUGAGAUCAGCGAAGCAGAUUCUGAUGAAUGGGUUGUGGAGAAAUACAAACCUAAAUAUGAUGAGAUCUUCUACAAUCUAAGUCCACAUGAUGGCAAACUCAGUGGCACCAAAGUCAAAGAGUGGAUGACGACCACUCAUUUGCCCAAUUCGGUACUGGCUCACAUCUGGAGACUGGCAGAUGUAGACAGGGAUGGAAUGCUGGACAACGAGGAAUUUGCGUUGGCAGUCCACCUGAUUGAGGGGAAGCUGGACGGACACUGGUUGCCCAGAGAACUUCCUUCCCACCUGGUUCCACCCUCCAAGCGGCUUAGUACAUCAAGCGAUGCACCAGCAUAAUCUUUUUAUCAGAAUCAAGAAGAUUCGAGGAGACAUCACUUGUAUAAUUUGUACAAAAUAUUUUAAGCAAACCUGAUGUUACUGAUUGCGGAGCCCAUAAAAAUGUGCAGUGUUUUAUAUAUUCAUAAACUUAUCACUGUCCAUUCGAGCACUUAUCAGAUUUUGUCCUCUCUAACAUAAAGUGUGGUAAAUUUAUUAAAAACAUUUGUAUUAUUAUUUUAAGUUUUACAAUAUUUCGUCAUUAUAAUACCCUUUCUGUCCUUCAACUUUUUACAAACCUAGGUGGCAGAAACGAC